GUAGACCCAAAAAUCAAUCUUUUGGUAGCCUUUUCAUCUCUCUUGCAUCACAAGUAAACCUCUCACCAUUCAUUUCCACACAGCACUGAAACUCGAGCAUUUUCUCUCUCAAAUCCCAUUUCCCUAGCUAAAAGGUUCAAAAUUCCACAACAACAACAACAAAAGACCUAUUUUGUUGAAUCUUUUCUCUUUGAUAUAUCUUCUCUAAAUUAAAGUGAUUAGGGCAAACUUCUACAUAGCAUGGGCUACAUCUCCAGCAACAACCUCAUCAACUAUUUGCCCCUCUCUACUACUCAACCUCCUCUUCUUCUCCCACACUGUGAUAUUAACGGCAAUGAUCACUAUCAGCUCAUCAGUGCAUCAUCAGGAGAACUCGAUGAUUAUCGGAAAAAUAACAUUCCUGCGACGGCGACUUCGAGAUGGAAUCCGACACCCGAGCAGAUCACGACGCUGGAAGAGCUUUACAGGAGCGGAACACGGACACCUACGACGGAACAUAUCCAACAGAUAGCAGCUAAGCUUCGUAAAUAUGGGAGAAUCGAAGGGAAGAACGUUUUCUAUUGGUUUCAGAAUCAUAAGGCUAGAGAGAGACUGAAACGACGCCGCCGUGAAGGAGGUGCGCUUAACAAGCCACAUAAAGACGUCAAGGAUUCAUCAUCAGGUGGUUGUUAUCGAGUUGAUCAGACAAAGAGCUGCCCAUCUUUUCCACACACAAACCCACAGCCACAGCAUGAAUUAGAUCCUGCGAGUUACAAUAAAGACAACAAUGCUAAUAAUGAAGAUCAUGGGACGGCUGAAGAAUCUGAGAGGGCAUCAGAGGAUGGUAAAGACGCCACGUGGAGAAAUCUUGUUACUUGGUCGAUAACUCAAGAACCUGCAGGAGAGAUUAAUAUUGACCAAAAUGUCAACGGAGAAGGACAAGAAGAAACGAGGGAGAUUCGAACUUUAGAUCUCUUUCCGGUUAAAGAGAACCAAGAGAAAACAGGCCGGUUUACAGAGAAGACGAAAGCAAAUCAAAUGUGUUGCAAUUACUGUUACUACUACGAGUUCAUGCCUCUGAAGAACUGAAACAAAAACUCAUGUGUGAGUAAUAAAUAGGACAAAGGGAUUUAAUGAAGGUUCUACUUGUUGUUUUGUCCACAAAUGGUAAGUGAUGUGUUCUUAUUUCUUAGAUAGAAGAGAAGAGUUUGAAGAUGGAGACGUGUAGUAAAUGUUAGGAGCGUUU